AUGAGUUCGGUUAUAAACUUGACCGAUCUCAUGUCCAAAAUUGCUAUUGAUGAUAUUAAUAAACGUAUUGAUCAAGAACAUCGUGAUCAGCUAAUCGCCUCCUUCCUCGGAAUCGCUGUCGGUCAGACCGUCGAAACCGCAAGAUAUUUCCUACGAAAAACAACUUGGGACAUUGGCAAAGCCAUCAGUCUCUUUCUCUCCGAAGACGACGAUGAUCCACGUACUCAUGAAACCCUUCACGUUCAGGCCAGGAAUGCUAUUAAGCAACACCAUGAUCAACAGAUCUCGUCGUUCUUACAAAUAGCUGCCGGUCAGACCGUGGACACCGCAAGAGAGUUCCUAAAGAAAACGAGUUGGGACGUUGACAAAGCCAUCGAUCUCUUUGCUGUUUCCAUACAUGAAGGCAAUCGCGUCCUAGUCUCGGAGCCACCGUGUAAUGAUUUUGCAUCAGAUCCUGUCAAAGAGGAAACGGUAUUAAGGCAUAGACUUGAGCAUCCAGUUUAUGCCUUAAUAGAUCCGAUAUUGUCUUCCUUGUUUAGUCCUCCUUUCGAUCUGCUUUACGACGGUUCGUUUGAAGAAGCCAAGUCUGUUUCAGCUGAUGAGAAUAAAUGGUUGUUGGUGAAUCUUCAAUCCAGAACAGAGUUUGCUUCUCUUACGCUUAACCGAGAUGUAUGGUCAAACGACAUCGUCUCGCAAGCCGUUGAGUCUAGUUUCGUCUUGUGGCAGGUGUAUGAUGAUACAAACGAAGGUCAGGAAACCUCUUCCUUGUACAAAAUCGAAUCUGCUCUUCCGGUGGUGCUUGUGCUCGAUCCCAUCACUGGUCAGAAGAUGCGUAUGUGGAGCGGAGAGAUUGAAGCUCAGGGUUUCCUUGAGGAUUUGAUGAGGUAUAUGGAAUCUGGACCUCAUGAAGACAUUGUUUCUCUAACAAGGAACAGAGAAGCAAGGUUUGAAAAGGAGGAGACUUGUUCCUCAAGGAACCACACCGAAUUUGGAGUGGAGAAGGAGGAGACUUGUUCGUCAAGCAACGGCUUUGAUUUCAUCCUGGCUUCUUCAUUGGGUGAAGAAUGUGAAGAGUCUGUGGAAGUGGAGGAGGAGGAGGAGACUUGUUUAGAAGAGUUUGAGCCAAAGGAUGACUGCGAUCCAAGCAUUGUGUGCAGUCUCUGCGUUCGAUUUUCAGAUGGGAGAAGAAUGCAGAGGAAGUUUCUCAAGACCGAACCGAUCCAGCUCCUCUGGUCUUUCUGCAAAUCUCAGAUGGACGAAUUUGAGAAAAAGGAGUUCAAGUUCAGGCUGGUACAAGUGAUUCCUGGUGCUUCCAAGACUCUGGACUAUGGAGCUAACUUGACUUUCGACGAAUCUGGGAUCGCUAACUCGAUGAUCUCGGUUACACGGGAGGGGAGAGUUCCAUAUGAGUAA